CUUAGGAAGUAAAGUCCACUCAACCUCACAGACUUAGAAGGCUCGCUUGUUUUUGCUGUGCAGCGGAAUGAAAUGCCUUAAAAAAAAACAGUGACUUUCUGAAAACUCGUAGACGUUCUUUUCCUUCCCAGAUUGCCUCAUCUGGAUUCCUUUGCUGAACACCACAUCAAAGAGACCGACCAUCAUGCGGCGGAGGGCAGGGAAGGCCCGGCCUUACACUAAAGCCCUGGAUGGAGGUUGGGGAUGGAUGGUUGUAUUUCAUUUCUUCCUGGUAAAUGUGUUUGUGAUGGGAAUGACCAAGACGUUUGCAAUUUUCUUUGUGGUUUUCCAAGAAGAAUUUGAAAGCAGCUCAAGGCAAACUGGCUGGAUUGGAUCCAUCAUGUCAUCAAUUAGUUAUUCUGCAGGACCUCUGGUUGCCAUGAUUUGUGACAUAAUUGGAGAGAAGACUGCCUCCAUUCUUGGGGCUCUCCUUGUUACUGGUGGAUAUCUGAUCAGCAGCUGGGCCACUAGCAUUCCCUUUCUUUGUGUGACUAUGGGACUUUUACCUGGUUUGGGUGCUGCUUUCUUGUACCAAACAGCUGCUGUGGUAACUACCAAAUACUUCAAAAAACGACUGGCUCUUUCUACAGCUAUUGCCCGUUCUGGGAUGGGACUCACAUUUCUCUUAGCACCUUUUACAAAAGUCCUGAUAGAUCUGUAUGACUGGACAGGUGCCCUUAUACUACUUGGAGCACUUACACUGAAUUUGGUGCCUUCCAGUAUGCUCUUAAGACCCAUCCAUAUUGCAAGCGAGAACAAUUCUGAUGUUAAAAAUAGAGGUAGCCGCUUGUCUACAAGUAACCCAGGGGCAGUGUGUGAGACAGAAACGUCAUCCUGCAAUGAGACACAAGAGGUCACCACCAUCAGGGACAGUGCUAUGCAGAAGGCUGGACAACCUGGUCCAAGUUUAAUAGUGUCACAAAAUAAAAGCAAAGAGUUCAACAAUGGGCCUGAUGGAAACAGUGUGUUCCUAGUAACUAAUGAAGACAGUUAUGAGAAAGAGGCUAUUUCACAGAGCUGUAAGCAAAACUUCUUCGACAUUUCACUUUUUAAAAAUCCCUUCUUCUACAUAUUUACCUGGUCUUUCCUCCUCAGUCAGUUGGCAUAUUUCAUCCCUACUUUUCACCUGGUAGCCAGAGCCAAAACACUGGGGAUUGACUUCAUGGAUGCCACCUUCCUCGUUUCGGUAGCUGGCAUCACUGAGACGGUCAGUCAAAUAGUCUCCGGAUGGGUUGCUGAUCAAGACUGGAUCAAGAAGUAUCAUUACCACAAGUCUUACCUCAUCCUCUGCGGUUUCACUAACCUGCUUGCUCCUCUGGCCACCACAUUUCCACUACUUAUGACCUAUGCCAUCUUCUUUGCCGUUUUUGCUGGUGGUUACCUGGCAACGGUACUUCCUGUACUGGUUGAUCUGUCUGGGAGUUCUAGAAUACACAGGUUCCUGGGACUUGCCGCUUUCUUUGCUGGGAUGGCUGUCCUUUCUGGACCACCUAUAGCAGCCUCAGAGACAGAAAGAACAUUAUUCUGGCUCUUUCAGCUGGGAUUCUUUUCCACACCGUCUCCCCUUCCCAUGCCUUAUAUACGACAUUACUCCAAGUUUAUACGUCAGCACUCUACUCUCUGGGGCCAGUGAUGCUCAACACGUGGCCAACGACCACGGACUACAUCAGAAUUACCUGGGAAGCCUGUAGAGGAACAAAGACUCUGGGGCCGUGCCAGCCCGAACAAAUCCCAGAGUGCCUGGGGUUGGAGCCAAGGGCCUGCCUGCAUGUUUCCCAAGAACCACAAAUGUUGAUACACUCUACAGUUUGAAACCCGCCCAGACAUCUUCUCAAGUUUGCAGCUUUACCCAUCCCAGCCUCCAGAAAAAAGUAGCAAGGCAGGUAUGGCAAGACGGUGACCAAGAAUCCUAGCUGGGACCAAGGCCUGGCUAGAACCCUGGCUCCAUCAACCACUAGCUGUCAGAGUAUGGUCUGUGGUGAGACUUACAGGAGACAAUGUGUGCACAGGACCUGGCAGAAUGUUUGGCUUAAAGUGGGUAUUUAACAAAUGACUGCUAUUAUUAGUACCGUCACUUUCUGUCAACAUGCCUCAACCUGAUUAUGCGUCCUCACUUCCCACCUUGCUCAAACUGCCUUGCGUUUCAGGAUUCCCUAUUUCUGUUGUUCCAACCAUUUUACAAGUUGCCCAGGCUGCAGCCUGCUCAACUUUUCCAGUGACCAACCAGCUGUUACAGUAUUCAUGCUUGUCUGCCUGACAUCUCAAGCCCUACCUCCCUCACCAUGCCACAUCCUUCUCCAACUAACAAAUUAUUUUGUAAAGUUUUUCUUCACGAUCGCAGCUUCAAGUAACCUGUUCAUGUGCUCAUCCAUACACCCUUAUCUCCUAUAAAAAUCCACUGGCAAUUAAUCAAAUACUAGCCUGUGACAGCUCUUCUGUAAUUGUCUUAAACUGUGAACUUCUCCCCUGAUAUUUCAUCAUUUACUUGUUUUUAUAUUGUAAUUACAGUAUAAGCUGCUAACACAGGUAGAGACUAUUUGAUACUUUCAUCUAUAUGCCCAGCACUUUACUUGUUAAUAUGCGGUCAGCAUUCAAAGGAUUAUACAGAAACUCUACCCGAAUGCUUAAUUUUAAGCAUUUGAGUAGAAGAAGCAUGUUAAGUAAUUUGACCUCAAGGUCAAAAUCUUUUCUUGGCUGCUAAGGACAAUCUUGUCUGAGGUUUGGAGGAAUUCUGUUAUACAACGAAUUGCUUAAGGAGAGGAAACUGGAAUGGGAGGGAGAUGGAGGUAGUGGUCAGAUAAGCCAUAAUCAGAUAUCCUAUUGGAAAAAGAAAACUAGAUGCUGCCACGAGCCAUAAGCAUUAAAUUUACCACCUCAAACAGCCUGUAAACAAUAAUGUGACUUAAGCUACAGAAGUGGCACUUUACAAAACCUAAGUUGUUAUUACUAAAGUCACAGUACUCCCUAUUUUCAAUUUUAAUACAGCCAGGCUUUUCAAAAUGAGCACAAGUCAAUUCAGAGGUGUUACUGGAAUUAUUUCCUUUACAGUAGAAUCCUAAAUUUAGACCAUAUGGAAGACACUGGAAAAGCACACAAAUAAUUCAAAAGGGCAGGUGUCAAUUUAUAAAACCAGAACUCUAGAUCUAACACUCAGCCCAAUUAAUAAUUUUUUGUUCACGGUGCAGCCAGAAACAAAAUGAUUUCAUGCGUAGUUUCAAAAGAUUGUCAUGCUGUGUAUCUUCCCAUUUUGCAUGAUAUGAUCUCAUAUACAAAU